AUGGCGGCCCCUCAGGUUCACCACCUCUUCCACGCGCCCAUCGCGGACCAUUCCUUCUCUGCCGACCGCCAGACGCUGGCUAUCGCUCGCGAUUCUACCAUUGAGCUCUACGGACCUACUGGAAACUCUUUCAAGCUCAAGGAUGAGCUCAAAGGACACGACAAGACCGUCACGAGUGUCGACAUUGCUCCCAACAGCGGCCGCAUUGUCUCCUGCUCUCAAGACAGAAAUGCUCUUGUCUGGGAGCCCUCGCCUACCGGAUACAAGCCCACACUUGUCCUCCUCCGAAUCAGCCGCGCCGCGACCUUUGUGCGAUGGUCCCCCUCCGAGACCAAGUUCGCCGUCGGAUCGGGCGACCGCGUGAUUGCCGUCUGCUACUUUGAGGAGGAGAACGACUGGUGGGUGUCGAAGCACCUGAAGAAGCCCAUUCGCAGCACCAUCACAUCCGUCGCAUGGCACCCAAACUCCGUUCUGCUUGCUGCCGGAUCUACCGACGCCCACGCCAGAGUUCUGUCCAGUUUCAUCAAGGGUGUCGACGCCCGCCCCGAGCCGACCGCUUGGGGUGAAAGAUUGCCGUUCAACACCGUCUGCGGAGAGUACUUGAACAACUCUGCCGGCUGGGUUCACUCUGUCUCCUUUUCGCCGAGCGGAAAUGCCCUGGCGUUUGCUGCUCACGAUAGCAGCAUUACUGUCGUAUACCCCAGUGCCCCUGAACAGCCUCCCCGCGCCGUUGUCACCAUCACCACCCAGUUGCUUCCCUUCAUGAGCCUUCUGUGGAGCUCAGAGGACGAGAUCAUUGCCGCAGGCUACGACUGUGAAGCCUUCCGCUUCAAGGGCGGCGAAGGCGGCUGGAGCCUUGCCGGUACUCUCGAGUCAAAGGGCCGACCCGGGCUUAGCGACGCCCGCGAAGAGUCUGCGCUCAACAUGUUCAGGCAGAUGGAUCUCAAGGGCAAGGCUACGGACGAUACCAAGCUCAAGACGGUACAUCAGAACACUGUCACCACACUUCGUUCCUAUGAAGAGUCUGGCGGUAACUUGACAAAGUUUACCUCGGUGUCGACGGGAGAAUCGUCAUUUGGAGCACUUAGACAACCUUUCAUAGCAAGCUUUCAAUGGAAAUACCACGAUGUUUCAGAUACUCACCUCCAUAUUUUCUUUCCGAGAAAAUUGACCAAGAGGCCUCGGUCGCUCGACGUCCGGUUCUAUACAAAUACGGCUUGUAAGUACGGCAGAGAACCCGAGCCUCAGCGCUCACCCAGCACAUUCAUCUACAAUCUUGCGUUCAGACCAAAGGAUCAGAAUUCGGCGCCCUGUGUGAACUCAAUGACUGUACAAGCUUCGCCUAUGUCACCUCACUUUGAUUCACAACUCCACGCCGGUUCUCUCCUUGAACGACGCGCCCUGGCUGGACGCACUAUCCAGGGCAUGCCACUUGCGCCAUUAACUGUGCAAAUUCCGCACCGAAAUGACAUGGACAUAUCCGUGGCGGAUUUUGGCGCGUUGGAUGACGGCUUCUUGCGGUUUCUUGCACGACUCCAAUCUCAUAAGGAGAGGCAUGCUCUAGCAAUGAGGAUUCGCUCGGUUCAGGACAUUUGUCUACGAGCUAGCCAGAAGUAUCACGAACGACGACGCAGGCAAGCCAGAAACGAUCGCAGAAGAGAACGCAGAGAAGAGCGCAGAGACAAUUCAAGGGGGGGUUGCUUGAGAAGGAUUCGUGGAGGCAGUCGUCGCCCCGGCCCCUACGAUCGACCCGUUCAACGAGAUUUGCACCAUUAUUCUUCGUCUUCAGCGUCUUCCGCCGCCAGCGACUCGGUCUCGACUGAAUCGCUUUUGAAGAGCACCGGCCGGAUUUGCAAUCAUCUUUGGGAACAAGCCAACGUAGACGCACUAAACGAAUUCAUGGGUAGGGGGAAGAAGCGGGAAGCAGCGACAACCAUGUCGCAGCUGCUAGAAUGGGCGGAAGCGGUCGUGGAGUGCAGUAAUCGCAGCAAACGCAGCGACUCUCCCGACAGAUCGGACUUAUUGCGAUUACUCGAAGCUGCAAAGAAUUUGUGCGGCUGGCUUGGUGACAGUGACGGGGAAGCAGAACUUGGAGAAGUUGAGGGCGCUGUGACAUUCUAUCUCAUUUUUGGAGUGGCAUAG